UGUUUCCAUUGCACUAUCACAGAGACGUCAAUAGUUCGAGUUUUUGUUUGGCACUGUCCCCGAGUAUUGAGAUUUUGUGCUAUCACUUACAUAAGUAAUAGCCUCAUACAUAUAUCGACCUUCUAAGAGAUUUUUCGGUCCCGCCUUGAACUUUUCAUAUAGUAUAGUGGGCAAUUUGCUUACAGCUCACUCAUUGUAUCUUCAUUAUAUGACACAUUGACUCUUCGGAUCUCUUUUUGCGAUGAUCAAUUCAUAUACUGUGCGCACUCACUUCCUAAACAGAAACUAGAACAGAAAACAGAGCAGAGAAAACAUUUGCGUAAUAAAUAUUUACAUGAAAAUAAAUCUACAUAAUUGAAUACUAAAGAAUUCACUACAAAAUGAUGGUGUUUGAGAAAGAAACCAUUUGUAUCGUUCAUAUGUAUCGUUCACGCAUGCGCCUACGCGCCCUCUACCGGCAACAAAAGAGAACAGGAAACAAAUUUUGGCGCUAAAUAUGGCGGUUGGCGCGUAAACAACUAAGGUUUCCAACAGAUUAUAACUUAGCUGAGAACGAUCGAGAAGCAUUUAUCUUCUUAUAUAGAGAAUUAUGUCGUCUCCCAGGUCAUCACAGGGACGCCAGGGCGGUCCUCGCACCCCUUCGACUCGAUCUCCAGGACCUUCUCGACAGCGGGGUACUCCGUCACGAGGAACUCCGUCUCGAAGACGGUUAGACGCGCAAGCACCGCCUUCGUCGGGGGCGUCUGGAUUGUCUGAGGCGGCCUCCUCUGAGCUGGCGCAUCCGCUGUCGCCAAAUGUCAUCCCACCGUCAUCGCCUUUCGUGAGACAUGGCAUUUUCACUGACCUCGACCUCAGUUCACCCCUGAAUUAUGGCACACCAAGUUCGGCACUCACUCCUGCCGGUUCGUCGAGUCAGAGAGGCCAAAUUCGCCAGCGUAGUGAUCUACAUAAUGAUCGCUAUUUGCGUCAGGUUGAGAUAGGAGCUGCUGCACCAAGCUCAGACGUUCGUGCCGACCAAAUGGAAGCUGACGCCGCCUCCUCUUCCGAGGCAGGGCCCCAGAUCGUUGUAUGGGGCACCGACGUCUGUGUUCCUGUUUGCAAAGCAAAGUUCCGCAACUUCCUGCUCACCUUCGUUGAGGAGAAUUUAGACAGGGAUGAACAAUCUGAAGGUAUCGACCCAACGAAGCCGUAUUAUUUACAAAAGCUGGAGGAGUUGCAUGUGCUCGAGGAGCAAUAUCUACAUGUGAAUUGCGCUCAUUUGGCGAAGGCUGAACCGGAUCUGGCUCGCCAAUUAAAGUGUUAUCCCCAGGAUAUGCUACCAACGAUGGACAUGGCCUUGUCUGAGCUUUUCAACGAAAAAUUCCCUGAUAAUAAUGUCGAUGUCGUGCAGGUCCGUCCCUACAACGGUGAAAUUACGAAAUGUAUGCGUUCACUGAACCCCGAAGACAUCGACCAAUUAGUAACCAUCGCUGGGAUGACCAUCCGGGCGUCGAAUAUCAUUCCCGAAAUGCGUCAAGCUUUCUUCAAAUGCACGCUAUGCUCGUUUACCGAAAGCGUGCACAUCGUGCGUGGCAGUAUUCAAGAACCAACUACAUGUCGCCACUGCUCGACAAAGUACAGCUUUUCUCUGGUGCACAACAGGUGUGCCUUUAUUGACAAGCAAAUGAUUAAGCUGCAGGAAGAUCCAGCCGACAUGCCCGCCGGACAAACCCCUCACACUGUGUGUUUGUAUGCGCAUGGUGAUCUCGUCGACUCGGUACAGCCUGGCGAUCGUGUUACUGUAACAGGAAUCUACCGCGCCGUACCAGUUAGACCCAACCCUAAGCAGCGAUCCGUACGAUCCGUAUACAGAACACAUAUCGAUGUUAUUCAUUUUAGAAGACUCGACAAUAAACGUCUCCAUGACGAAGCACAAGAGGGUAAUAUUCGUCUUGCCGAGGAUCGUAUAGCUACGCUGAAAGAAUUGUCGACGAAACCAGAUAUUUAUGAUAGGUUGGCACGGGCAAUUGCGCCAGGGAUCUACGAGAACGAAGACAUCAAAAAAGGAUUGUUACUACAACUACUUGGAGGCACGAAAAAGAACUUUUCUGGUGAAGGUAAAGCAAACUUUCGCUCCGAAAUCAACAUCCUCCUUUGCGGAGACCCGGGAACGUCAAAAUCUCAACUACUGCAAUAUGUCCACCAUUUAGUGCCAAGGGGUCAGUAUACGUCGGGUAAGGGAUCGAGCGCUGUCGGUCUCACAGCUUAUGUGACUAAGGAUCCCGAGACACGGCAGAUGAUUUUACAAACGGGCGCGUUGGUUUUGUCAGACAAUGGCAUAUGCUGUAUUGAUGAGUUCGACAAGAUGAAUGAUACCACACGAUCCAUCCUGCACGAAGUUAUGGAGCAGCAGACACUUUCAAUAGCUAAAGCAGGAAUUAUUUGUCAGCUUAAUGCGCGUACGUCUAUUUUAGCCGCUGCCAACCCCGUUGACUCGCAAUGGGCCAAGAAUAAGACUAUCAUUGAAAACAUCCAACUUCCACCGACACUAUUGUCGAGGUUUGACCUAAUCUUCCUCAUGCUAGACCCCCAAGAUCCGGCCUUCGAUCGGCGCCUUGCACGUCACCUUGUUUCUCUUUACCAUAAAACACCUGAGCAAAGUCAAGAGACCCAGAUGGAAAUGGAUAUUCUCAAAGAGUACAUUGCAUACGCUAAAGCUACCUGCCAUCCAAAGAUUAGCGAAGAAGCCGGGCAAAUGCUAAUUGACGCCUAUGUCGACAUGCGUCGAAUCGGCAAUCGUAAAGGUCAAGUUUCUGCCUAUCCUCGUCAGCUCGAAAGUCUUAUUAGACUCGCAGAGGCUCAUGCUAAGGUACGACUUGCUAAUUCCGUCCAACCUGAGGACGUAGAAGAAGCUAAGCGGUUACACCGAGAGGCCCUUAAACAAUCCGCUGUAGAUCCAUCCACAGGCAAAAUUGACGUCGGCAUUAUUUCAACCGGUAUGUCGGUUGCUGGCCGCCAGCGUAAGAUUGAAAUUGCUAACGCACUCAAAAAACAUCUUGAAGCCAAAAGUGCUCAAACCCAUAACUACAACAAGAUUCUUCAGGAGUUUAAGGAGAAUGGGCAAUAUCAGAUAACCAGAGAGCUAUUUGAAGAUGUCAUGAAAGAACUGCAGGAUCAAGGAUAUCUCAUCCUGCAAGGCAAGACAACGAUUCGCAUCUGUUAAAAGGAAUCAGACAGACAAUAAGCCAAUAACGGAUUUGGGAGGUUGCUGUAAGUAAUCGGCGAAGUACAAGGAGGAUAUCUAUGUACAUAUAGCAUAUGAACCCGCACAGAUAAAUACAGGCAUGCUUAUAUUUUUAAUUCGCCUAAAUCAAUUAAUUAUAUACAUGCAUAUUAUCAUAAAUAAAUAUGG